AUGGCAUCACGUUCUCGAUCCCCUUCGCGGGGCCGCCAGAGGUCCCUCACGCGCUCCGCGUCCCCGCGCUCCGACGAUUCGCGCUCUCCCCGACGACGCCGCUACGACUCGCGCAGCCCGUCGCGAUCCGUGACCCCGCCGCCUCGUCGCAACGGGCGAUACCGAAGCGACAGUCAAGGCUGGGGCCGAGGCCGCGGAAGAGACGGCAGAGACGCCAGCGAGUCUCCAUUGGCAAGAAGCACAAAGAUUGUCGUGGAACGCUUGUCCAAGAAUAUCAAUGAGGAUCACCUCCACGAGAUAUUUGGCCAGUUUGGUCCCAUAAAGGAUCUUGAUCUGCCCAUGAACAGAACUUUUGGGACGAACCGAGGCACCGCAUACAUCUUGUUUGACCACGAAGCCGACGCAGAAGCCGCCAUCUCACACAUGCACGAAGCUCAAGUUGACGGCGCCACCAUCAACGUGUCUAUUGUGCUGCCGCGGCGAAAACUCUCGCCGCCGCCUCCAACAGCCCGCAGAGGCGCCAACAUUGAUCCUCGCAUUCCCAUGUCGGGCCCUCGAGGUGGCGCCGGUCCUCCCGGCCGUGGAGGAGGAUUCAACGCCGGCGGCGGCCGUCGUCGCGGCUCUCCGUCCAGUCGGUAUGGUCCCCGGUCGGACGUGUACAGACCCUCGUCACGCUCGCCGUCCAGAUCUCCAGGAGCACCUCCGUCCCGCGGUGGCGGCGGCGGCGGCGGCGGCCGAUACCGCAGCAGAUCCAACGCUUCGUACUCAUCUCGUUCUCGGUCAAGGUCACCCGGACCGAGACGACGAGGUGGUGGUGGUGGUGGGAGCGGCGCAGGCGCAGGCGGAGGCGGAGGGGGAGGGGGGGGAAGAUUCGAAGACGACGAUGACAGACGACGCAGCCGCAGCCGCAGUUAUGACAGCUACGCGGGUCGAAGCCCGCGAGGCUACCGAUGA